AUGACCGAAAGAAGGACUGUUAAAAUUGUGAUGGUGGGUGAUGGUGCUGUCGGAAAAACUGCGCUUUGUUCAACAUUUGUCAAUAAUCAAUUUCCACAAGAUUACAUUCCGACUGUAUUUGACAAUUUUUCUCGACUUCAAACAGUCGACGGUGAACAAGUUACUAUGAGUAUUUGGGAUACAGCUGGACAAGAGGAAUACGACAAAUUACGCCCCAUGUCAUACCCAAACACUAAUAUCUUGAUCAUCUGCUUCUCAAUUGACUCGCGCAGUUCGUUUGGGAAUGUUUCGCAGAGAUGGCUACCCGAAGUGAAACACUUCUGUCCCAACGCGCCUUUCCUUUUGGCAGCAACAAAAACAGAUCUUCGCGAGUCUGAAGACGUAAAAAGUCGACUGCAAAUGGAAGGAAACACAUUGAUAAGUAAAGACGAGUGCCAACAACUCGUGAAGAAAAUUAAAGCACUGUCGUGCUGUGACUGCUCCGCUCUUCAAAAUAAGGGCGUCGCUGAACUCUUCGAUGAGGCAGUGAGAAGAACUAAAAGCUCGGGAAAAGAAAAAAAGGGCGGAGCCUGUGGUAUGUUGUGA